CAAUGUGUUUCUUGUUUUCUCAUUAGGUGUUUAACCUCAAUGCCCCGGUCCCGCCAGCUAAUGAGACGGAGGCCCUGAACCAGGCCAACCAGUACCAAAACAGCUACAAUCCAGCUUUCAGCGGCCAGUCGCAGCAUUCGAUGGAGCAGACAGAGAUUCAGGCGGAGCAGCUACAGACUGUCGUCGGUGCCUUCCACUCCCAAGACCAGACUGGCGGCCAUCAGCAACCCCCUCAACAGGGCCCAGGCUUUGGCAGACAGUCCUACUACAAUAGCAGAGGCAUGUCUCGUGGUGGACCCAGAAAUGCCAGGGGCUUGAUCAAUGGCUAUAGAGGCUCUUCCAAUGGAUUCAGAGGUGGUUAUGAAAACUAUCGCCCUCCCUUCGCCAACGCUCCGAACGCUGGAUACGGACAGCCCCAGUUCAACACGUCUCGGGACUACUCAAAUGGGAAUUAUCAGAGGGACGGUUACCAACAAAAUUACAAGCGAGGAGCUGGCCAAGGACCCAGAGGAGUCUCAAGGAGCAGCACUCAAGCAAUGCGAACCUGAACUUGCCUUUUAAAAUGACUGUGACUGAAAAAAAAUCUGCACCACACUGAAAAACUUAAGAUUCAUGAAUGCAUUUUCCCCAGCUCACGUUUGCUCUGAUUUCUUUGUUCCUUAUUAGUGGUAUUUUUUGAUUUUCUGUCUCUUCAAUCAAAGUGGUGCGAGCUUUGAUAUCUGGAAAUAAUAAAUCAUUAAAAGCUCAAAACACACAAGGUAAGCUGUGAACCCAAUCGCUGGUUUACACGACCCGUGUGUACCAACAGUCCUGUAAACUUGAAAGAUUCCAUAAGUUAUAUAUAUAUAUUUUUAUUAACAAUUGCACCUGCCAUUGCUGGUCCAAAUUCUGGGAGUUUCCUUCCCUUCUUCGGUUCUUUUCUGUCAUUUUGGUUCAAAGAAAGAAGACAUUUUGUUUAACGAGCUCCCGUUUCCUUGUUUGUAAAUUGAUGUUGCUUCAAGAAUUUCAAUAAAGUUGUGUUGCAUAA